AUGAUUACGGCGGUGAUAUCGAAACAAGAUGUCCUCAAGGGUUGGGCUUCAUGGACCCAGUGGUCACUGGUUUGCGAAAAUACUGACAGUAAGCUCAAGGCCAAUGAUACCAUCCGCCUUACCGCCGCAGAAGUGACUAGAAUACGCUCAUCCUCUGCUUCUUACGACCGUCACGACCUUAACGCGCCCACGACCCCUGCCCAACACCAGCAACGCCAGCACUCAAGAAUUCCUAGCUCCAGCUCACGGCCACUGUUCAAUCAGAUCCAGGAUCCUAUUGAGCGACUCUCUACGCCCCGAAGUCUUCGUCGAACCCCAAAGUUUGACGCACCUCCGAGUCCAGCUCCCGAGCCUCGUAAAUUUCACCGCCGAGCCGCAUCCCUUGGUUUUGAACCCAGGAGGACCGUCGCGCCCGUUGACGAUUUACCGGAAAGUCAUCCCACUGUAUUGGGACUUGUUCCCGUUCGCUCAGCGCAGCCUCAAGCUCCUCGACCCCGCCGGCGGCUUUCACAAGACUUAACCGAGGACCCUGACGAGGUCUCUUCCGAACAUCCCCCGUCCCCUCCGAGACGAGCUCUCUCUGUGCCUGCACAUUACCCAGAUCCGCACCCUGUACUUAAGAUCUCCAAGCAUACCCACAGCGCCAUCCUCUUUGCACUCGAGGAGGCGCUGCGCAACCCCAAUCCUUUCACCCCAGAUCUUGAAGAGGAAUCUGCAAGCAUGGCCGACCUCAUGGCUUCUGGAGGUAUACCUCCACCCUCCAACGGCAAGCCUGCCCCUCCGUUCCGCCCAGGCUCAGCUCCUGGCCAAUCGGGCUCGCCCUCCGGAAUUAGAGGUCCGAGAAUGAUCAUGCAGGAACGUGCAGCUCGUGAAGCUCGACAACGCGCAGAGGCCGAGGCGCAACAGCGCGAGAGAGCCGAGCAAGAGGCGCGCAUUUUGGAGCAAGCUCGCAGAGCAGAAGAACAGCGUAGAUCUGCUUCUGGCAUUGCUGGUGGGCAGGGUACUGACACGGAAGCGCGUCAAUCCAUGAACCCCCAGCGACAGGCGCAAACUGCACCUGAUAAUACAUCAGCUCGUCCUCGAGCAAACACUACCGGACAAGCACCACAAAAUCGAACCAAUCGAUCUGGUACCACCAACCAACCACCCCCUCAAACGUUUACUGGCUCAGCACCAGGAACACAACCUAACUUUGCUGCUCAAGGUGCGGAGAGUGGUAACCAAGGAGGCACCAGUGGUUCGAAACCACGCAACUCCUUUCCUCAUGCCUUUGAGCGCUGGGAGACGUUAUCUGCCCAUUGGGAGGGUCUUACCAGCUACUGGAUCCGUAAGCUCGAGCAAAACAAGGAUGAGAUGAAUCGGGAUCCUCUGAACCAGCAACUGGCCCGCCAGGUCACAGAUCUGUCGGCUGCUGGUGCCAACCUGUUUCAUGCUGUCGUUGAGCUUCAGCGUCUCCGUGCAAGUUCUGAACGAAAGUUCCAACGCUGGUUCUUCGAAACACGUGCGGAACUAGAGCGCGCACAAGAAGUAAACGCUAUGCUGGAAGCUGCUUUGGACCAGGAGCGUCAAGGCCGAGCUAAUGCCAUCCGAGACGCUGUCGAAAACGAGCGUGGAACUUCAAAGGCGCAGAAGCAGCUUGCUGAGAUGCGCAAGGAGCUGUCCAUAUCCAAAGAAGAGGCACGCCGAGCAUGGGAGGAACUCGGACGACGCGAGCAGGAGGAGCGUGACAGAACAUUGUCUCUUCAAUCAGGGCAACCUACCAUUGUUGGAGGAGUUCAGGUUGUUCCAAUGACUCAAGGCGGACCCAGACAUCACAGCAGUCGAGCUCAAGGGGCUUACCAAACUGAAUAUGGAUCUGGCUACCCACCUGAAGCAACAUUGUCUCCCCAGCAUCAACCUCCCGCGGCCAGUGCUGGCAAUCAAUACCGCCAGCAAGGACUUCAAGCACCAAUGUCUGAGGGUGGUUACAGCGAAGGUGAGUACGUGAUCGAUGCAAAUGGCAACUUCUUGUUGGAUGCCCAAGGAAAUAAGAUUCCCUUCGCUGCACCACCUUCCACUUACUCUGGUUCUGAUGCUGAAGCAGAAGAGUAUGCAACACCUGCCACCACCGUGCCACCAAGCGGUAAGCAAGAUUCCCCCUCAACUUCUACUGGAGGGGGAAGUGGUGGCAAUGGUGGCCAGUGGACUGGCACACACUCGGAGCCCCAGGAUUAUACUGGUCAAGGGUAUGGUACUCCUGGUUGGGAAACAGUCCCUCGCCAUCACCAUCCUACCCGGCUGAGCGAUGUCAUGGAAGAGGAGGAUGAACGCAGCCGAGCCAGCACGAGCCGUGUUUAG